UGUAAUUUUAUAUUAAGUUAAGGAUGCUUUUUUAGGUAAUAAAAAAUUAAAUAACAGUUCUAUUAAAAUGAGUACCCUAAUAGGAUUUCAAGAUGAUGAAAUUAUUGAGAGCGUGGACUGGAGCUGUAACAAGUUUGGUGGAUUGCCGGAUUGGAUGAUACCUGGGACUCAACUUCCAAGUUGUGAGUUUUGUGGAGAUUAUAUGUGGCAAGUAGCUCAAAUAUACUGUCCACUUUUAGACUCAAAUUAUCACCGUACACUUAAUACAUUUGUAUGCAUAAAAAAGGAAUGUUUGAAGAAACAUGGAAGUGCUGCAGUGUAUAGAAGUCAAAUGGCUGAAGUAAAGUCUGAUGUUUCCAAAGUUAAUUUAAGUCAAGAUGAUUGGGGCACUAAUGAUUGGGUGUCAGAUCCAUUCUCACAAAAUAAUAUCAGUAAUGAUGAAACUGAAACAGCUGAUUCUCAAAUUUCAAAGUUAGAGUGCAUUGAAAUUGAACAAAAUACAAAAGAUAGUUUAGAUAUCUCUUGUUUUCGCCCAUAUUAUGUUUUUGUGUUGAAUGAAUCAGAGGUGUCUUAUACAGAUAACAGCUCUUAUGAACAGCGGAUGUUUGAACAGUAUGUUGUUAAGGAAUUCAAUCAGGUAAGUUUGAAUAAUACAGAAGGACAAUCUGAAAUAUAUGAAAAAACACAAGUAAAACAUGGUGACCAUGCAUUUCAUCGUUUUAAAAAGAUUAUUUCAAAUUCACCAACACAGUGCAUGAGGUAUAAACGAAACGGGGAGCCUUUAAUAUUGUCAAGUAUCUCUAGACCAACUGCACCAUUUGAAAACGUUCCACCCUGUUCGUAUUGUGCUAAUAAUCGAGUAUUUGAAAUGCAGUUUAUGCCUCAUAUUACCACAUGCUUGGUAGAGAUGGAAAAAAAAAUCAAUAAAGAUAAUAUGGAAGCUACAAGUUUGAAUACAGAAAGUUUUUUGUUACCGAAAACUAACCCUACGGGAAAUAAACAAGUGUGUUUAGAUUUUGGUUGUCUCUAUGUGUUUACAUGCAGCAUAUCUUGCUGGAAGGAUGGCGACUGUGCUAAAAGUGAAUACGUCAUUAUUCAACCUGACCCAGACGAGACUAUUUUGUCUGAUAUGUUAAAAAUUUAUUGAUUAUAGUUGACGUUUAUGGUUGAUUUUUAACAAAUAGUUUUAAAUU